GCAUUUUUUUGCAGAUGGCUUCAUCGAACAGUAGUCAGUGGACCAAAGAUGCAGCCGACCAGAAUUUCGAUUAUAUGUUUAAAUUGCUCAUAAUCGGCAAUUCAAGCGUUGGCAAAACCUCAUUCUUAUUCCGAUAUGCGGAUGAUUCCUUCACAUCGGCAUUUGUUUCGACGGUAGGGAUUGAUUUUAAGGUGAAGACCGUCUUCAGGCAAGAUAAAAGGGUAAAGCUGCAAAUAUGGGAUACAGCUGGACAAGAACGGUGAGCUUUUUAUUAGUGUUUAUGCUCUUUUCCAACUCAUUCUGAAUAAUCAAGGUAUAUUACAGUAUAUUUUGAAAUCAUCAGGUGAUUAAUUAAUUUUUCGUAUUCCGCCAUCUUGAUACGUUUAUUAAAUUUUCCUUGUUUUAUAUAACAAGAUUUUAUACAUCUUAAUAAUUAGAUAUAUUAAUCUAAUACUAUAAACUCUUUACUCGAGUAUGAUCUAUUCAAAAAGCAAACGUAUUAUUGAUUCAGAGUUUGAUUGAGUACUUUUGUUUUUUAUAAUUUUAUAGUUGUAUGUUAUUUUCCAUGAAAACAGGAAAGACAAUUUUAUGGCUUUAUUUAUUGGUUUUGAGAAGAAUACCUUGAUUUUGAAUAUUUUAUUAGUUCAGUAAUCAAUAACGAGUACAAUUUGAAAUUAAUCUUUGCAGAUACAGAACAAUAACGACAGCCUAUUAUCGGGGGGCUAUGGGAUUUAUUCUUAUGUAUGAUAUCACGAAUGAGGAGUCGUUUAACGCUGUUCACGAUUGGUGCACUCAGAUCAAGACCUAUUCGUGGGACAACGCGCAAGUGGUGCUGGUCGGUAAUAAAUGCGAUCUGGAAGAUGAAAGAGUUGUUUCAACUGAACGCGGCAAACAAUUGGCCGAUCAAUUAGGUCUGGAAUUCUUCGAAACAUCAGCAAAGGAUAACAUAAAUGUGAAGGCUGUUUUUGAGCGGCUCGUUGAUAUUAUAUGCGAUAAAAUGAGCGAAAGUCUCGAUUCGGAUCCGAGCAUAAUGAAUAAUCAGCAAACUCGACGACUAACGGAUAAUCAAUCCGGUCAGGGCGCUCAGUCAAGUUGUCAAUGUUAGAAUAAAAAAGCAAAGCAAAAAAGUAUAAAAAGAAUAUGUAGAUGAAAACUAAUCUAAAAUCAUCAAACAAAAAAAAAAAAGAAUCAACCAAAAAUUAUUCCCACUCUAAUGCUACUAUAACUACUAUAUUACUACUAUUACUACUACUACUACUACUACUACUAUUCAAGCAAAAAAAAAAAAAGAAUAAUUUUAUGUUCAUUUCUUCUGUUAUACCUAUUAACUUAUUUUUUUUUCGUGCGUUUUAUCUAGCGCUUCUAUCAUAAAUAUGGAAAAAAAAAGACGCAUUCCAAAAAGAAAAAUUAAAAAAGACGUUUUUUUUUGUUAAUAAAAAAAAAACGACAAACCUAGUCAUGUAGGCCUGUAGAAUAACGUCAAAAUCGAGCACGACAAAAAUGUAAAAUUUUUAACUCGUAGCGUUAUUAUAGACUGUGAUUAAUUUUACUCGUUAGUUAAGUGUGUUUGAGUGUCAAUGUGAAUAUAGAACGUUUUAAAAUUAUUUAGAAGAUAACAAUUUUAAUCAGUAAAAUAUUCGAGAGAAUACAAAAUUCGAUAAAAGUUAAUUAAAAUGAAACAUUUGAAGAGAAAAACGCUAUAAAAUAUGUUGAAUUUUAUUCAAUGUAGACUCUAUGCCUGAAAUUGAAGUAUAAACCAUAAAAGGGAUUUAUCUUUUGUUGAUAUUAUAGCGUAGGGUAUAAGGUUAUCAAUUAUUUUAAGUUAGACCUAUUCAGGCAAGAUUUAGAAAGGCGUCUAAUUUUAAGGUGAAGAAAAGUGUCCUUCAUUUAACCCUCCAUCGAAUUUGAACUUAACAAUCAGGUGAACAGUCGUGGGACGACUGAAUUGGAAUCGAUUUGUUGCAAAGCGAAGUAAUUGUUUUGACGUACUUUAUAAAGGGAGAGAGAGGGAGAGGGAAAGGGGAAUAGCCCGAUUAGCAGAUAAAUGUAUUCUCUUAUUAAACCAACCAUAAAUCGUUGCAUAAGAGAAGAAUAUGUAGUUCUUUCUCGACAAGAUUUCAUAAAUAUUUUAUGGCAAUGAAAUGUAACAACAUUUAUUAUCUCUUCUUCAACAAAAUAGCGCUUUGUUAUAUGUCCAGAUACUGUAGGACUACAUUUUUACGGACUGUAUGCUGGUGAUAAAAACCAAAUCCAAUUAUAGAGUACGGCUGAGACCAUAUAUUUCAAAAUAUCCUUUAACAUCACAUUUAUGCUGUUUGCAUAUAUUUUCUUUGUUAAUUUGGUGAAUUUUGUGGAGAAAUGAUUCAUGCUUUACGUCAUCAUCGUUCAUUGUAUAGCUGCCCUGGAUUCCUUAUAAUCUAGGGCUUUUUUCCAGACUUCAGCGCUCAACUAUUCUUUCCGCUUUUCCUAGCAAUGUCAGCUUGACUGUAAACUGCUAUUGGAUAGUAUUGGAUGAAAAUCUUAAAUAGGAUUGGAUAAAAUUAAAAUAAUUAGCUGUUUUCUUUGAAAAACAAAUCCGUCUUGAUUAGUUUCAAUCUCCUAAUUUUACCAUUACUUUCUCCCUAUAUCAGAGAAAGAAAAUGCUUAAAUUAAAAUAUAAGGAUACUUUUUCUCUUUAAAGAAGAAGCAUCUAAAUUUUCUUGUUAUACUCUCAUUUAUCGUUUAACUUUUGAUAAAAGUAAAGUAAUUCAAGGGGUAAUUUUAGGUG